ACGCUCCUCACUCGUCUCGUCGCCAUCUUGCGACGAAUGUGAACAAAAGCUCGGGGCGCAGCCUAAUUUCUUGGGAGUCUCUCGCUCCCAAGACUCUCUUGCCUUUAUUUUACCCGGCACACUCCCCCGACCUCCGAGCCUGUGUUCGAUUAGGAUACAGAGCAUUUUUACUGUUUGUGUGUGACAUAAUGGCUUGCUAAACAUCAAGAUGUCUGGUGGCUGUGUUAACGGUGCUAGGGGAGUUCUCUCCGUCCUGUGCUCCACCUUGGUGUAUGGACACGCCGCCUGUAAUGGACAAGAAGGCCGCACUCAGGCUGCCUCAGCUGCCUGCUAAGACCGGCCUCGAAGCUACUGGUAAAGAUUAUGGAGGAAAGAAAUCUUUACCACAACAUGCCCGGAAACGGGAAUAUGACCGUCUCGACUCGGGAAGGAAACCGGUGGCCGGGCGCGGUGGGAGGACGGGCCAGCGGUAUGUCCGUCCCAGGGAGAAGAUGGGUGGCAAGGUAGAGGAAGCUACAAAUGCAUCGGAUUCUGGGUCACUGUACUGCACAGGUGGCAAGAAGCAGAACAUAACGCACCUGAUGAACUGGUGGGGUCCAGGCCACAGGCCUCAGGGCAGCUCUGUGGGCAAUUAUCAGGGAGGCAGGGCUCGAGUGAGGCGCUACUCCAAUCACACUCCCAAGUACAGCAAGGAACAUUAUCUGCAAGCCAACUGUCAGUUUGUUGUGAAUGACCAAGGAGACUAUUCUGUGUAUUCUGCCAAUCAAGACCUUCUGGUUGACUGGAGCUUCAUUGAGGAAGUGAGGCUUCACGUUUCCGAAGCACCUGCCUGCCCCAUCUGCCUUCACCCACCGGUUGCUGCAAAGGUAACGCGCUGUGGACACAUCUAUUGUUUCCCGUGUAUUCUGCAUUACCUGGCGCUCUCCGAUAAGAAAUGGCGGAAGUGUCCUAUUUGCUACGAACCGAUCGUCAAAGAAGACCUAAAAAGUGUGGUAGCCAUAUGCCACAAGGAAUUUAGCAUCGGUGAGGAAAUAGAGCUACAGCUUAUGCGUCGGGAGCGUGAUUCUCUCCUGCCUGUACCAGCAGCAUCAUUCAACCAAGAGAUUAUUAAAAACCCACCACGCUUCAGCAACCCAACUGCUGCGACGCCUUACGCUAAACUGCUCAUUUCCUCCAAAGAAGAGGUACAAUGCUACAUACUAAUGAGAGAGAAGAGGGAUUUGGAGGCUCAGCUAAUAGAAGAGGGGGAUCAGCCCGAGGCGUGCUUCAUUGACGAGGCCCUGUCACUCCUUCAAGCCCGUCAAGAUUCUUUAAAUUCUGGAAAGUGUAUUGAAGACCUGCUUAAUAAAACUGGUGGACUGGAAGCUUUAUCACUGUCCAGUCCAGAGGAACAAUCGUCAGGUGAUGGUGCAUCUUCGGUGGAAGCUCCAUCGAGUCCUGUUUCUACUGCUGAGGCAGAAGAGUCAAUGCCAAGUGAACUUCCACCAGAACAAAUUAUACGAUCAGAUGGUGGCAAACCAAUCAUUACUGUAGAAGAUUUGGACAUAUCACAGCUGCAACCAAUUAAUCAAAACACUACUGGGAGCCAGGCACAGCGGAAUGUUCCUAAAUCAACCUUUUACUUCUAUCAAGCCAGCAAUGGAGCACAAGCAUACCUGCAUGCUCUUAAUGUGCAGAUGCUGGUGCAGGAGUAUGGUGCCUUGGAAAACUGCCCUUCGAUUAUUAAAGCCAAAGUGGUGGAGAAGGAGUCCGUGUCCAUGACGGAGGAGCUUCGUAUGCGCCUGAGAUACUUGCGUCACUUGCCAGUGACUUGCAGUUUUGAUGUUGUAGAAGUGUCUCUUCCUCUCCCAGUUGUGUCAAAGCUCACACUAGCAAUGUUCCAGGAUCAGAUUGAUUCAAGGCAACGUAAACGCAACAAACGAGCACGUGAAGAACGAAAAAUAGAAAAGCGUGUGCAGGCAGAGGAAGAUCGCAUGAUGGGACGCAGCAAGGGAGCCACCAACCUUAAGAUUGGGUCUUUGAGACAGUUUCCGUCAUUCUGUGAUGAUUUUCCAUCUGGGCCCAGCAGUGAGAUAAAUGAUGGGGCAAAUUCAAGCUUGGAGCAGUUUGGAAGUGAAACUGGUAGCAGUCCUGGUAGUGAUGUGUUGGGGAGUUCCUGCAAUGACACGACGAGUACUGGCAUGUCUUUUGCAAAGAUGAUUAGAGAAGGUCAGACACGGGUGCAACAUUCUCCAAAUGAAAGUGUCAGCAUAACGGGUGGAGUGUGGCCCUCACUUGGAGGACCAGGCUUGAGAUCAACUGAAUCUUCUGCAUCAAAAUGGAAUAGUGGUAGUUCACAUGGCAUUAGCAGCUGUCCUUGGGAAGGGAGGCAAGGAAUUCGGUCGAGUGAAUUGUUUACAAAUGAUGGGAACUUGAGUGAGGAAGAGGAGUGUUUGGCUGUACCAGAAUUCAAGCAUGCUUUUAGUGCUGGUGUGGCCAGGGCUUUAGAUGCCGCAGCAGCAAAAUCUGCAGCAAAGGCAGAAGAAACUGUGGCAGGAGGCAAGAAGGGGAAGAAGAAAAAGAAGCAGAAGGUUGUUUUGUUCUCCUCUGGAGGCCUGAACUAGUCUUCCUCCAGGCACCAUCACUCUUGUUGUGGACUCAGUGCUCUUUGUGUGGGAUAGUUUACAUCUUGUACUUAUUGUCCUCCUGAUUUUCAGACUUGAUCAAAUAAUUUUGUUACUUGAAAUUCCUCGGUGCCUGGGUAUUUGUCAUUGUUGAUGCAUACUGCCUUUUUAAAGUUGGGUAAAUUUUAAUUCAUUAUUUUAAUAAAGGUGAAAUUUGUUACAAAUUUCAGUUUAUGUAACGAUUAGUUAGGUUUCACAUUACUGCCAUUCAUACAUUAUGCUAUGUUCCUAACUGUGAUGAGCUAAUGUCAUCUUGUAUGUGCGCCCCUUGCAUCUUGCGUGCAGCUCCAUUAUGCUAUACUGGCUUAAUGCCUUUGUUCAAUGGCUUUUAAAUUUAUGGUUUUCUAAAUAUCACUUGGGUAUUACUUUGUAGAUACAUCCAUUGUAAUGCUUAUUGUAUGGCACUGUUAGAUUUCCAUUGUUUUCAGUUUUUCCAAGCCGCUUAUUUAAUUUAACAAUAUGCAUAUUGUACUAUGUACAGCAUAGUGUGUGAAAACAUGUAUGUACUAAUUGCUGAAAACCAGUAUAAAUUAAAUGUUUCUUUCAGUAACAUUAUUGCUUGUUUUAAAAUCUUGAUUUCAGUAGAGCUAGUUAUCAUAAAGUUUCCGAAGUAUGGCUAAUGUCUCGACAUAUUGCUGACUAGUAUAUUUUGUGAUUGAGAAAUAAACCUUUUUAUGACCUACAUCUUGUCAAUGGCAUAUGUGAAUUUGUACCAUUUCUGUAGCAGCACCUGUUGCUUUGGAGUCAUUGAAUAAACUAAAAAAUCCUC